UGUCUCGGUUAGCUGAGGAUAAAAGCUGCCGCGGCUGCCGUGGGAACUGCUGCCUCGACACGGCUACCAGUCUCAGGGUGGCCGUGCGAAGCAGCUUCAUCGGGUGGUCCCGGCUAGCUCAGCGGCUGAGGAGGCGCCCAUCUUUUUCCCCUGCAGGGCCACGGAGACCGAAGGCGGAGACGCAGCUGUCGACGCCAAAGCGUCCGGUGGCCACCAGCCCAACACAGGCCACCAGAGCCGAAGCUGAACUUGAAUUCUGUGCGGCUGAUUACAGAGCUGUCUUGACGCCCUGAGGUCCCAGAUCGGCGACCCCCGGUGGACAGCGAUCGGUUGAAGCCCAGAGGCGAGCUUUCCCACGGAGGCCACUGGUUGCAGAAGCUGGAAGUGAAAUAAAGGCGCGCACUUGCUCCUGAGCUCCUUUUCUACUGAGGUAGGAGGACUACGGAAUCCCCCAGGACGCCUGCAGAUUAGGCUUUUUGUAAAAGCCUGAGAAUCUUGUUAACAUUUAGAGACCCGGACAUCGUCCGUCAUGACUAGCAUCAUUGCGCGCGUGGGUAACAGCCAGCGGCAAAACGCACCCUUGCCACCUUGGGCCCAUUCUAUGCUAAGGUCUCUGGAGAGGAGUCUUGGUCCUUUAAUGGCCAUCCUGGCAGAGAGAAACCUGAAAUUGUUCUCGGGGAGGGUGGUGCCAGCCCAGGGGGAAGAAACCUUUGAGAACUGGCUGAUCCAAGUCAAUGAGGUCUUGCCAGAUUGGAAUAUGUCUGAAGAGGAAAAGCUCAGGCGCUUGAUUAAAACCCUGAGGGGCCCCGCACGGGAGGUGAUGCUUUUGCUGCAGGCGGCCAACCCCAACCUCAGCGUGGCAGAUUUCUUGCACGCCAUGAAAUUGGUGUUUGGGGAGUCUGAAAGCAGUGUGACUGCUCAUAGUAAAUUUUUUAACACCCUGCAGGCGCAAGGGGAGAAAGCCUCCCUUUAUGUGAUCCGUUUAGAGGUGCAGCUCCAGAAUGCUAUUCAGGCAGGGAUCAUAGCUCAGAAAGACGCCAACCAGUCUCGCCUGCACCAGUUCCUUUUAGGGGCCGAGCUGAAUGGGGACCUGCGCUUCAGGCUGAAGAAUCUUCUCAGGAUGUAUGCAAAUGAGCAGGAGCGUCUCCCCACUUUCCUGGAGUUAAUCAGGAUGAUAAGGGAGGAAGAGGAUUGGGAUGACACUUUCAUUAAACAGAAGCGGGCCAAGAGAUCUGAGUCAGUGGUGGCAAGGGCAACUAGCCCAGUGGCACUUGGGGGCUCCCCACCCAUAGUGAUUGAUAAUAAAGACUGUAACGUGAUCGAGAUAGAUGAUACCCCCGAUGACUCAGAUGAGGAUGUGAUCCUGGUGGAGGAGUCUCAGGACCUUCCACUUUCAUUCUCGGAUUCUCCUCCCCCCAGAUGCAGGGCCAGACCUCAGGAUCAAGUGCUAAUCAUUGAUUCCCCCAACAAUUCCCAGCCUCCAUCUCCUUGCACCAGUGGGGGUUCUGGGUAUAAGAAUGAUGGUCCUGGGAAUAUGCGUAGAACCAGGAAACGAAAACACACAAUUUGCUGUUCAUAUUGUGGUGAAGAGGGCCACUCAAAGGAAAGCUGUGACAACGAGAGCAACAAGGCCCAGAUGUUUGAAAAUCUGAUCAUCACCCUGCAGGAGCUGGCACAUAGCGAGGAGAGGUCAAGAGAGGCCCCUGUCGAACCCAGUGACCCUUUUGAGCUACAGUGAGGUGCUAGCCCCCAGCUUUAAGUGAACCCUAACCUAUAUGCAGAGUCCAGCAAUGGGAAAAAUGGGGGGAGGAUGCUUCUAACCACAUAAAUUAAUCCACAAAGCAGCUUUCUUUUGGGGUGAAGGAUGGAGGGUCUUGAAUAUUGGUAUAGUGGAGGGAGAUGGCCUGACCUCCAUCCUUGCUACUAAUCCCCUGCUGCCUAAUCCUAAUCCUCUGUGCGUGCUGCUUUCCUUGAUGCCUUUAUUCUCUCUGUGAAAGUGAUAUAAUUCAUUGUUAAAUAUUAAAACAGUAAAGACAAAUGCAAAAUGUACAAAUUACCCCAAACCCUUCAACCCUUAAAUAACUAUUGUCAACCCUUUGAUGAAUGUCCUUCUAGGUAGUUCUGUUUACCUAUGUACCCAGAUAGAUAUAUGUAUAGAUAACAGUGAGCAAAUAUAAGUGUUGUUCUAAAGUCUGUAUUUUUUAAGAAAAUAAUAUAUGUUGUGAGCUUCUUUCUAUAUCAAUAAACAGCAGCAGCUA